AUGGGGACAGUGCCCGCCCCCAAACCUAGCAAUAUAGUUGUCGACGACGAGCCGAAAAUCACAGUUGGGAAUGUCCAGUAUCUUCUGGUACCCCACCAUCAGGCCAUCUCCGCGACCGACUUGCGCGACUUUCGUACGAAUGUGCUCGACAAAGACGAUGUUUUUCAGGCCGAGUUCUGUCGCAAUUUUGUCUUCUAUGCACCCGGAGACAACAAUUCGAAGCUGCAGCCCGAAGCCAAGGACGAGUUAGUCGCAUGGAACACAAAGACUAUAACCUUCGUACGCGGCGAUCUAUCAUCCAAGGUUGCGCCAGGUCCAUAUGCCGGUACAAACCAACGAGUCAUUGUACCCUCCCGUUGUUACUUCAAGCCAUCCAAGUCGCGCCCUCUCGACGGAGCCCGCAUCACCGUCAAGGAUAACACCGACAUCGCAGGUCACAAAACUAGCCUGUGCAACCGAGCAUGGCAGGAGCUGUACCCACCGAGCAGCAAGAAUGCACACUGUGUCCAAGUCCUCAUCGACGCCGGCGCCAUCAUUGUCGGUAAAGCAAAGCUCAUGGCUAUGAUCAUGAGGGAGGAGCCGCUGGAGUGUAUAUCCUCGGGGAGUAGUCAUGGCAGUGCUGCGGGCGUCGCUUCCUAUGACUGGCUUGACUUCUCCAUUGGCUCAGACACUAACGGAAGCGGUCGUAAGCCUGCGCAUUACAACGGCUGUUUCUCGAUCCGCCCGUCAACAGGCAUAAUGAAUACCGCUGGAGUCAUUGGUCAAUUUCCCCUAUUCGACAUGCCUGUGUUUUUCGGUAGGGACAUCUCUACCUUUGCACAGUUUAUAUCUGUGUGGUACGGAGAGUCCCCGAUGCUUCGUACACUCCCGAAUCCGCCGAAAGUCAAGAUACUGUACCCGGCAGACUAUCCGCCGACAGUCAACAACGUCCAGACUCACCUGAUCAACAACUUUGUUAAGGGAUUGGAACGAGCCCUGAAUAUCAAGAGAACCAAAAUCUCGCUCGCCGGCACCUGGAGCUCGGAUCUCCCUGAUGGCGUGGAUAAUCAAGACCUAAAGAAGUACCUCGAGCUGGCCGGAAGUUACCCUUACUACAGAGAGGCGUACUACUCACUGGUGCCAUUCGUGAUGGAAUACCAAAACAAGUUUGGCAAGAGGCCCUUCAUCCACAAAGCCAUGUUGUGGCAGUGGGACAUUGCGAAAAAGAUCACAAAGAAAGAGCGCGACUUCUAUUGGCGUCGGUCUGAGACCUACCGGAAGUGGUUGCUGUCCAACAUUUUCGACGCCAGCUCCCAAGACACUAUCACUGUCAUGGUCUUGCCCAUCAUGGAUGGGAAGCCGGCCUACCGCGACGCCGAGCUGCCACCCUAUUACGUCCUGAGCGGGUAUUCGCCGCUGAACAUGUCCCCAAUGAUGCAAGCACCAGAGGUUACGGCAAUAGUGGGUGAGACCACACACGACUCGAGGGUCAGUCACAGACUGGAGCCGCUUCCUAUUGCAGUGUCACUCAUUGGGGCUCCAGGAACCGAUCUCAUUCUCGUUGACUUGGUUGAAAGGGCCAUGAAAGCGGCCGAAAUUCCAACCAAGCUGCAGACAGGGCGAUAUGUGUAUGGGUCACCUUCUGGUGGUAACCAACCUCGUCCACAGUCGACUCUUUGA